ACCAAAAGGAGUGGUGACUAGCUGAGUUUUUGCAGUCAUUAAUCGUGAACACACAGCAAAACGCACCUGUGCUAAAACAACAAUUGAAGGACAACGCAGCGGAUGGCCUGGAAAGUGCAUGUGGUGGGACCUACAGCAGAAAGAGGAACAUUAAACUGAACCUCUGAAUGAGUUAUGAACUUGAACCCCUUCUGGAGUAUGUCUGCCAAUACAAGUCGUAAGCAGAGGGCUGACAAUGAGGAGCAAAGUGGGCACGGUGAGCAGAGAGCCAGCCCAGCCCGGCUGCACUUUGGCAAAAAGCAGCUUCCACCUAUUCCAAAGAAUGCAACCCCCUUUACCAAGCCAGCCUCAUCAGGGACCCCAGCCCAGUCAGCCAAUGGGACACAUGCCUCAUAUGGGCCUUUCUACUUGGAGUACUCUCUUUUGGCUGAGUUCACCCUUGUGAUAAAACAGAAACUCCCUGGAAUUUAUGUUCAACCUUCUUACAAGUCAGCACUAAUGUGGUUUGGUGUCAUCUUCAUCAGACAUGGUCUGUACCAGGAUGGCGUCUUCAAAUUCACUGUGUAUAUUCCUGAUAACUAUCCAGAUGGAGAGUGUCCGAAAUUGGUGUUUGACAUCCCAGUCUUCCAUCCUCUUGUUGAUCCUGUGUCUGGAGAGCUUGAUGUGAGAAGAGCUUUCACCAAAUGGAGACGAAAUCACAACCACAUCUGGCAAGUCCUAAUGUAUGCACGUACAAUUUUCUACAAGAUCAAUACCACAGAGCCACUUAACCCAGAGGCUGCUGUGUUAUAUGAGAAAGAUGUACAAUUGUUCAAGAGCAAAGUUGUGGACAGUGUAAGACUAUGCAACAGUCAUCUCUUUGACCAGCCCAAGAUAGACGAUCCCUACGCAAUAAGUUUCUCCCCAUGGAACCCUGCUGUUCACGAGGAAGCGAAAGAGAGAAUGUUCACACACAAGAGACGUCCUGACGAUCAGCACAAGGGAGGACAGGUGUCAGGACUGUCUUGGGUAAAGCCCGGAUCCACGCAGCCAUUCAGCAAAGACGACACUUCUCCUCAGAGCUGAAUCUGUACUUUCAAAAAGUAGCCACUAGAGGACGGCAUAAGCGUGAAAGCCCCAGAAGUUGGCCUUUUUUUCAGCUUUUUAUGUGUGCUGAUCCCAGGAUCAUUUUUGGGAGAACUUCACAUCGAAUCUUCAUGACAUAUCUCAGCUUUAAAGGCUUUGUAGAAAUCUCAAUGAACAGCUUUAGAAUAGGGAAAAGAAAGGUUUGCAUCAUGUUUAAUCCGAUCCUUCAAAUUGAUAUAUUUGGUAGCGUUGUUUAGUCUCUGACAUAGUCUGAGAGCUUUCAAAGUUGAUCAUCUUGGAUCCAUGCAGAUGUUGGGUUCGGUGCUGAUCCACUGUUCCACAACAAGCUGAAAACAGUACCACUUGUUAAAACUGGCUCAGAACUGUUUUUCAAUCAGUUGUGAAAAUACUGUCGGUCACAGCUGUGUGAAAGAAACACUGUAAACAACACUACUUCCCACACCUGAUUAGAUUGUUUUCUAUUUGACAAUUUCUUUAAAUUUCUUAAUACUGUCAUUUAUUGUUUUACAUAGUAUAUAAUAUAUGGAUAUAUAUAUAUAUAUAUAAAGCUGAGCAGACAAGUUUAUAAUGAGAUAAUAAAUGAGUAAGUUCAAGUAUUUUUAUUUGUUUUUUAUCUUUCUGAAUGUUCUGUAGCUGUUGUUUAUUAAAGAUUUGAUGUGUAAAUAAUGGGUGCUGUGUUAUUAGGGCUUUGCUUUAUGAAAAUUGUAUGCAUUCAUUUUUGGAUUUUAAUUAAUUAUCUGGUGUUUUAUUGCCCUAAAAAAAUAAAGCACUCUUCUUUUUUUUACUCUACACUUCAAAACAUGAGCAAAUGACAGAAUUCUUCAUCGACAAUGCCCAUUUAAUGUUUAGACCAAUGAAGGUGCUGAUAAUCAGCUACUUUUAAAGUGAUACAACAUAACAUUUCAGAUGCUGCCGAUUUGUCUGUGUUGACAAAGAUGAAGUUUAAUGUGUUCUGUACUGAGAGCCAUUUUCACUUCAUAACUGCAUAGAUGACCUAAGAUUUCAAUGCUUUUCUCUGAAGUCAAUAAAGGUGUGUUAAGUUA